CUCCUAUCCUUAUUACUGAAGACUGAAAUACUGUGUGCUCGCCUUGAACCGAGCCAAUCAAGGUCGCGCAGGCUGAUUUGAGUUUGACCAUACUUUUCGUCCGUCGCUCAGGUUAGAGAUCGAAAGGUAGUGACCAAAUUUGGUGUUGCAGCUGUGAAUGUCAGCUCAAGACCAGCCAGCUUUUGUUGUUCUUGACACCAAUCAAGGCACUAUAACUAUUGAACUUUAUUGGAAGCAUGCCCCCAAGACAUGUCUUAAUUUUUCUGAGUUAGCAAGGCGUGGUUACUAUAAUAAUGUUGCUUUUCAUCGUGUUAUCCGAGAUUUCAUGAUACAAGGUGGUGACCCAACGGGUACUGGUCGAGGUGGAGCAUCAAUAUAUGGCUCUUACUUCGCGGAUGAAAUUCACCCUGACCUAAAACACACAGGUGCUGGAGUUGUUUCAAUGGCAAACGCUGGUCCAAAUACAAAUGGCAGUCAGUUUUUUAUAACUUUGGCCCCUACACAGUGGUUAGAUGGUAAACAUACUAUUUUUGGACGUGUUGCUUCCGGUAUGAAAGUUGUCCAGCGCCUCGGUAGAAAUCUUUUUUUUCUUCAUUCUUACUGUUUUUAGGUAUGGUUGAUGUUGAUCAAGCAGAAAGGCCUCGUGAGCUUAUCAAGAUAAUCCGUGCAAACACAACGAAUACUGUAUAAAUUACCUUAUCGAUACAUAAAGUUCUGUAACGUUUUUUUGUAUAAAGUUUUGCUUCUCUGAAACUACGAUCUAAGGUCUAUGUGUUAACCUGUAAAAGAGAGACCUAUUUGGCUUUCACUAAAACUCUAAUGUGGAUCACCUAUAGUAUCUACUGGUCCACAAAAGUCGUUACGACUUAGGCCUG